AUGACGAGCUCCGUCCCAGCACCUCAUCCUUCCGCAAUCCCCAAAGACGACAUCCGGCAGCCGCAGACCUCAACUAAAGAAAAGCAAACAACCACAGCACCCAAUCUCACCUCACAAGUCCCCCAGCCAAAGCUCCGCCUACAUGUGCAAGAAUUACGCCAUCCAGCCUCAAGCGCCUUCCUAACCCUCAUCCCAGAUGUCGCAUCAACACUCGACAAUGCCCUAGUAAACAUUAUAAAAUACCUGUACACUUCACCCCCAAAAUCCGAGGAGACACACCAGCCCACCUUCACACCCAGCAUCCCACCAACAAGGUCCGUAACGGUCUUCCUACGCGAUUACAGCGGCGUAGCCUACACAACCGGCACCGAGCUCGACGAUGCACACAAGGAGAUCCACGUCUCUCUGCCGUACAUCCAGCACUGUACCUCGGGCCCAUCAGCAAAGGAGGACCCGCUCCACGAGCUAGUUGGAGUAUUGACGCACGAGCUCGUGCAUUGUUACCAGCACACGGCGCCACCUAGCCUUGAAGACAGGAACGAGGACAUCCCCCAUCCGCCUGGCGGGUUAAUCGAAGGCAUAGCUGACUUUGUGCGGCUCAAGGCUGGUUUGGAGCCGCCGCAUUGGAAACGGCCGCUGUGUGCUGCGGAGCGGCCGCCGAAGUGGGAUAUGGGGUAUCAACAUACGGCGUAUUUUCUGGCGUGGCUUGAGGAUGUAAGGGUUGGGAGGGGUGCGGUGGGGAUGUUGAAUGAUCGGCUUUUGAGGAUUGGGUAUGUGGGCGAGGAGGGUGUUGAGUACUGGAAGGGUCUUUUCGGGGUUGGGGUUGGGGAGUUGUGGGAAGAGUAUGGCCAGUAUCUGGAUAAGCUUGUGGUGGACGGCGGGAGGAGUAAUGGGAACUGGGAGGAUGAGAUUCUUAAUCGGGAGUGA